AAACAUUGUUAGAAUUAACUACUUAGGUUUAGUCUUUGCAGAAGAGAAAAGUAGGCUAUGAUAUGCAUCUUUUGGGUGGACCUGGGUGAUCCAACCCACAAACAUGUCACCCAAUAGCCUGCCAAGGGGUGGAGUGAUGAAGCGCAUUUAAGUACCGCAAUGAAACUCUCUCUUCACAGCACUCUUUAGCUUCUGUUUAAGGCACUUUGUCUGAAUAUCUAAAGUCGGAAACAUGGUUGAAUGGACAGAAUUUGAGAGGGCCACCAUCCAGGACAUCUUCUCCAAGAUGAACUACGACGUCGUUGGUCCGCAAUCUCUGGCAAGAUGUCUUAUCGUUUACCCUUGGACCCAGCGGUACCUCGGCAACUUUGGAAACCUGUACAAUGCCGCUGCCAUCAUGGGAAACCCCAUGGUUGCUGCUCACGGUAAAGUCGUGCUGCAUGGCCUGGACAGAGCCGUGAAGAAC